AUGGCAUUCAACUCGAUGUACCGCGCGUUGAGGCUCCGUUUGGUGAACCAUGAUGAUGAUGCCACAACCUCGGGCAUAACGCUGGAUGACUCGGAUAAGCGCGUGAUACGGCUGAACGGGACACAGUUUCAAAAGUAUUGUAACAAUCAUAUCUCAACCGCUAAAUAUAGUGUCCUUAGUUUUUUACCGUCGUUUUUGUUCGAGCAGUUUCGACGUUAUUCGAACUGCUUUUUUCUGUUCAUCGCCCUGCUGCAGCAGAUCCCGGAUGUAUCGCCAACCGGUCGCUACACGACGCUCGUGCCUCUAAUGUUCAUCCUCGCGGUGAGCGCGAUCAAGGAAAUCGUCGAAGACUUUAAGCGGCAUCGGGCCGACGACGAGAUUAACCAUCGUGAGAUAGAGGUGCUCCAGAAUGGCCAAUGGGGAUCGAUCAAGUGGCAGGAGCUUGCGGUCGGGGACAUCGUCAAGGUGCAGAACAACACGUUCUUCCCCGCCGACCUGGUGCUGCUGUCGUCUAGCGAACCGCAGGGCAUGUCUUUCAUCGAGACAUCCAACCUAGACGGCGAAACGAACCUAAAGAUCCGCCAGGGCGUCCCGAAUACGUCCAAAAUACUGGAGACAAAAGAUUUCACCCAGUUUUGUGGUACGCUCGAGAGCGAACCACCGAAUCGGCAUCUGUACGAGUUCAAUGGUGUGCUGAAGGAGCACGGGAAAGCGGCGGUGGCUCUGGGCCCGGACCAGCUGUUACUACGAGGCGCUAUGCUACGUAACACCGCCUGGAUAUUCGGAAUCGUUAUCUACACCGGUCACGAUACGAAACUUAUGCGAAACUCUACCUCAGCGCCUUUGAAGCGCUCUACCGUUGACAGACUGACAAACACGCAAAUUCUAAUGUUAUUUUUCAUUCUGAUCAUUCUGUGUAUCGUGAGUUGCAUUUUCAACCAAAUUUGGACGAACGAACAUUUUAAAAAGGACUGGUACUUAGGCAUCGGCAAUCUUUUGAACAAAAAUUUUGCCUACAAUUUGCUUACAUUUAUUAUUCUGUACAACAAUUUGAUUCCAAUAUCGCUGCAAGUUACGUUAGAGCUGGUUCGGUUUCUGCAGGCAAUCUUCAUCAAUAUGGAUAUCGAUAUGUACCAUGAGGAAUCGGAUACGCCGGCUAUGGCGCGAACGUCCAAUCUUAACGAGGAGCUCGGUAUGGUGAAGUACGUGUUUUCCGACAAGACGGGCACGCUGACGCGAAACGUGAUGGAGUUCAAAAAGUGCACCGUGGCGGGCGCGAUGUAUAUGGUAGAGGAAACGCCGGCCCAGUCCCGGCUGGUACAGAACAUCAUCAACAAUCAUCGUUCGGCACCAACGUUGCGUGAAUUUUUAACUCUGAUGGCAAUCUGUCACACGGUUAUUCCGGAAAAGCAGCCAGGCGACAGCAUGAGUGACAUCCAGUACCACGCAGCCAGUCCAGAUGAGCGUGCGUUGGUAUAUGGGGCGAAAAAAUUUGGUUACGUUUUCUACACCCGAACGCCGACAUACGUCGAGAUCGAAGCACUCGGAGUGCAAGAGCGGUUCGAAAUACUUAACGUGCUGGAGUUCACCUCCACUCGCAAGCGCAUGUCGGUGAUCGCGCGCAACUCAAAGAGUGAAAUCAAGCUAUACUGCAAAGGAGCUGAUACGGUCAUCUAUGAGCGGUUGGCACCGGACGGGGUAGCCUACCGCGAGUCAACCCUAAGCCAUUUGGAAGAAUUUGCCACUGAGGGCCUGCGGACGCUUUGCUGUGCCGUAUCCGACAUCCCGGACGAUGUUUACGAAGACUGGAAGCAUACUUAUCACAAGGCAUCCACCUCGCUGCAAUACCGCGAACAAAAAGUCGAAGAUGCUGCCAACUUGAUCGAAACCAAUCUGCGGCUGCUUGGUGCUACGGCAAUCGAGGAUAAGCUUCAGGACGGUGUGCCAGAAACGAUAGCGUCGCUGUUAGAGGCCAAGAUUAACGUGUGGGUACUGACUGGUGACAAGCAAGAGACGGCGAUCAACAUCGGAUACUCCUGUCAGUUGCUGUCCCAUUCAAUGGAUUUAAUAUUGCUAAAUCAAGAUUGUUUGGACAACACUCGCAGCUGCAUACUGGAGCAUACUAGUAAUGGGCGUUUCGAUAACAUGGGCCGAAAAGAUGCCGCCCUGAUCGUGGAUGGAAAAACCCUGAAAUACGCUCUAAGCUGUGAUCUACGCAGGGACUUUCUUGAUCUGUGCAUCUCGUGCAAGGUCGUAAUCUGCUGCCGUGUUUCUCCAAUUCAAAAAGCCGAGGUCGUGGAGCUGGUGACCACCAACACAAAAUCGGUUACGCUGGCGAUCGGUGACGGGGCAAACGAUGUGGCCAUGAUACAGAAAGCGAACGUUGGUGUUGGGAUAUCAGGUGUUGAAGGACUACAGGCAGCAUGUGCAUCCGAUUAUUCAAUCGCGCAGUUCAGUUAUCUUCGAAAGCUAUUGUUAGUGCAUGGUGCUUGGAAUUAUAGCCGUAUGUGCAAACUGAUCCUGUACAGCUUCUACAAAAACAUUUGCUUAUACGUGAUAGAGCUUUGGUUUGCGAUCUACUCCGGAUGGUCCGGCCAAAUUUUGUUCGAACGAUGGACAAUCGGUUUAUAUAACGUAUUUUUUACUGCGUUACCACCUUUUGCGAUGGGCCUGUUCGAUAAAGUAACAUCAGCAGAACAGAUGUUAAAAGAACCGAGACUAUACGCGCCAUCGCAAAAUGCCAAACUGUUUAACGUGAAAGUAUUUUGGCGCUGCAUCGCAAAUGCCCUGUAUCAUUCGGCAGUGCUAUUUUGGCUGUCGAAGAAGUCCUAUGAGAAGGACGUAAUCUGGAGUAACGGACGGGAUGGAGGAUAUUUAGUGUUAGGCAACAUAGUUUACACGUUUGUAGUGGUAACGGUGUGCUUGAAAGCGGGUCUUCUUACCAACUCAUGGACGUGGUUAACGCAUUGUUCGAUCUGGGGAUCGAUACUACUGUGGUUCAUAUUUAUAUUCAUUUACAGCAACAUUUGGCCAGCAUUACCAGUAGGUGCUGUGUUUACAGGCAUGGAUGACAUGGUCUUCUCAACGCCUGUGUUUUGGUUAGGUCUACUACUAAUUCCGAUAUCAGCACUGCUUUUAGACAUUGUUUGGAAAGUAUAUCGAACUUAUAGGAAGGAUAAAAUGCUAACACCACCCAUGAAGGAAUCAAGAUCUUCAACUAUGCAUGCCUUGGGAUCGAUUAUCCGGUAUGGAUACGCCUUCUCGCAGGAGGAGGGCGGCACGGUGACGCAAACCGACGUCAUCAGAGCGUACGACACGAACCUGCCAAAACCGGACGGAAACUGAGUGUACCGCGGGUGCGCGUACUGCUACGACAGUUACUAUACCGUGUGCUGAGGAAACGCUGCGGCUUCCGGCCGCUUCCGUGGCCUUUUCAUCGGUUCCGGUGCAAGCGGCCCGGCCGGCGAAGCGCAACCCCGUUCGCUGUGUCGGUGUAACCGUGUAUAAACGUAAGUAAAUCGACACAUCAAGGGUGCAUCGUUGUUAAAUUUGGCCAAAUUACGAUCCUUGUGAAAAGAAAAAUUAAAAGCCCCUUGGCAAAAGCACGAAACCGGCAUUACAAAUGCCGGAACG